CAUUUGACAGUACUACUGCUUUACAGAUAUCAGGUUGAUCUGUGAUUUUCUUUUUGUUUGAGUUUUAUUCUAUAAUUUGAGGUGAUGACAAAUACAAUGAAGUUGUUGAACCUGAUCCGUUCUACUCCCUAUACCUGCAUUGUUCGACAAGCUACUGGGUGUCCUGUGCAGAACAGUGGUCGGCGAUGUUUUACUCAAUCUCAUGUUGCUAUGACAGAAGUUUUGGCUCGACCAACUCCAGAAGGAGAGAAAAAGGUUUAUCCUGCUCACAUUGAGAAGAUAGUGAGUGACAUCUCUCAGCUGACCCUGCUCGAGGUGGCUGACUUGAAUGCUGCCCUCAAGGAGCGUCUCAACAUUCCUGAUGCUGCUCCUGUGGCGGCCAUGCCUGCAGGCAUGAUGGUUGCUGCUCCUCCUACUGAAGAAGACGAAGCUCCCAAAGAAACGCAGACAAACUUCUCAGUGAAGCUCACUGCUGUUGAUCCGGCCAAGAAAGUCGGCGUUAUCAAGUUCAUCAAGGGUUGCAUGGAGGGCUUCAAUCUGGUCCAAGCAAAGAAAUUCGUGGAAGAGCUGCCGGUGCUGGUGAAGUCUGAUCUCGGCAAAGACGAGGCUGAGAAACUCAAGGCCGAUCUAAACGCUGUGGGAGCUGAUGCUGUCGUCGAGUAACUCUCCUCAGCUCUCCCAUAGUUAAAGCAUUUCCCACACAAGAGUCUCAGUUGACAACUUUGCUCACUUGCGACACGAGAAAAAAUUGAAUUCAUGUCAAUCAAAAUUCACUGUCAUGCUGUGGCCAUUUCAUUGCAUCUAAUAUUCUUCAUUCACGGAGCAGCCUGUCCAAAAAAGCAUUGCAUUCGGUGCUAUGCAUCGCCGAGUUUUAAAUAGUUUAGCUUCAACUUCUCAAUUCCUAUUAUAGAAAUCAUCAUUUCGACAUACUUAUUGUAUGUUAUUUCGCAGAAUGAAGAUCACAUAGCAAAUUAAAUCGCAUUUGUUAGCAUUUGAAACCUCUAGGCUGGGCUUGACUUGUGGGAACAGGCGCUCUUCCUAAAUUUGAGCUUUUGAGCAUUAUCUUGCCAUUUCAAUUUUGAUUACGGAAACGAAUAUUAAAAAAAACUGUACAUU